CUGUCAUUUCAUAUUUCGGACCCAUAACAUGCUGGAUUUUAAAUAAUAGACAACAAAUGAACUUUAAUGUGAACUUAUCACCGAAUUUCUUCAAAUAAAUUGAAAAUUGAAUAUUUUAAUUAAAAAACGUUAAACAUGUUGCACUUUAAAGGUGCGUUACUGCUGCGAAAUGUGUUUCGACUGGUUCAGGUUCGCUCUUGGUCAUCAUUUUCGGUGCAUUUAGAUGACAAAAUAAACAAAGAUCUAGAGGAGGAAUUAUACAAACCAAAAAAUCACCCGGGAAGGGUUAACCUAGGUCCCAUUGAAAUUCCUGAAAGAAUACGCAAAGCAAUAAAGACUGCAAUGGAUCAAUCGCAAAUUCCUCAGUUGGUUGAUGAAGGCGAGAAACUGGACCGGCAUUUGUUUGCACGUCGCAUACCAUUAGAACAAAAAGAAAUUUAUACACAAAAAAAGAGUAUAGAAAAGGAAAUUCUGAAGAAUGUUGGAGUUCAACGUGUAUCUGAUCUGGCCGGUGAUGAUAAUUCGCGGGCAAAAGAAUCGUUGAAAUAUGAAGUGUUGAGAAUUUAUUAUCAGAGAAAUUACAAUUGGAAGCCGAUUGUUUAUGACGAGUUCAGAUCACGUACGCAUUUAUUUGGACGGGCUGAUAAGGAGUAUGCUGCUGUUUUAAAAGUUUUAAGUGAGAUUGCAAAGAGAGAUCCACAAUUUCAACCGCAUUCGUUUUUUGAUUUUGGUGCUGGCGUCGGAACGGGUACAUGGGCAGUAUCGGAACUUUGGAAAAAAUCAGUGUACGAAUAUUUUUUGGUCGAUCAAAGUGGUCAAAUGAACGAUUUGGCCGAAUUGAUUUUGCGCGAUGGAAAUGAUCAAAAAGCAGUUUCAUUGAGAAAUGUAUUUUAUCGACAAUUUUUACCGGCUUCAGAUGAGUUUAAAUCUCACCUGAUACUGAGUGCAUUCACAUUGAAUGAGCUACCUGACCUGAAAACCAGACUCGAUACCUUGCUUACACUGUGGAAAAAAUGCGACGGCUAUAUGGUACUAAUUGAAAAUGGCACAAAUACCGGAUUUAAAUUAAUUGAGGAAGCACGAGAAUUUCUAACGCAGCAAGCUAAUAGGCAAUCAGGCUACCUCUUUGCACCGUGUCCACAUGAAAUGGCUUGUCCACGUGUUUUGAAAGAUGAUGGCACACCGUGUAAUUUCAGCGCCAGAUAUCGUUCAUUGGACAUUGGUCAACGGCCCAAAGAUGAAAUCAUUCGGUACAGUUAUGUGGUUUUUAAGAAAGGUUCACGAGAUGACGAUCCCACAAUGAAUUGGCCACGAUUGGUGCGACCGACACAAGUGAGAACGCGACACACACGAUGCAAACUGUGCACACAUCGAGGCAAAUUGGAGGAAUUAGUUGUGACAAAAGGCAAACACUCAAAAAAUACUUACGGUUGUGCGAGAAAAAGUGACUGGGGCGAUCGAAUGCCAGUUGAAAUUGUGGAAAACGAAUGUGAUUCGACCGACAAAUCGGAUGAUGAAAAAUUAGUUGAAAUGUAGUUUGUUGAAAAUGUAAAUAAAAAGUCAAUAGAUUCUAAA